UGAUGUCACAGCACUGGGCAUGUCCAUAAGGUACUGACAACACCAGAGGAUUACCAACGCUUGUCUUUGCAACCACUUGUUUCUUUGCUCGUUUAGUCUUUCUUUUGUUUUUAAACGCUAGUUGUUGGAGGAACUCCCUUAUAGAGGACUGAAGAUAGGUAAGGGCCCACAGCAAAAAGUUCAGUCAAUGGAACAUAUCUGGAAAUUUCCUCUGCACAGCCAUAGCUGAGACACAGAGAGGAUUUUCACACAGUAGGAAAACCUAAAUCUACAGUGUCUGCCCUUCAUACUAGCGACAGCACGCAUCCAUGGAUCCCCAAGAAGAUCUCAUAGACAGGGACAUUACUUUGACUGUACUGCUCCCUGGAGGACAGGAGACCACAGCCACAGUGCAUGGCAGUAAACCAGUUAUGGAUGUUCUGGUUACGCUGUGUGCUCAGCACCACCUCGUUCCAUCGGAUCAUGCCAUUAAGCUUAUUUCCACAAAUCAAAACCACAUUAAUUUCAAACCCAACUCUAUGAUUGGCUCUCUUGAGUUUGAAAGAGUUGUCCUGCAAACUAAAGGAAGCGAAAACAAGAAGAAACCUCAUGUUCCUGUGGCAACAGUUCGUCUUCUAAUUAACUACAAGAAGACUCAUAAGGCAGUAGUACGGAUCAAUCCUACAGUGCCGCUGGCUGAGCUGAUGCCCACAGUGUGUGAAAAGUGCGAGUUUGACCCUGAUGCCACCAUCUUACUGAGGACAUAUCAAUCAGAGGAACCUCUGGAUCUCACCAAAACACUCAAUGACUAUGGAAUCAGAGAGCUGUAUGCCAAAGACAUUAAAGUGGUAUCAAACACUCUUGCUGAUCCUGUAUCCACCCAUAAAGGUGGUGAUGAAGAACAGAAGUCCCCAGUUAAAGAAAAGAACCACAGAGAGAAGGGAAACAAAGGUUUCUUUGGUUUAUUCAAGAAGAACAAGAAAACACCUGAGCAGGCUGCAACUGGCAGUGCUUCAACCUCUCCUGAAUGGAACGGCCAAUGUGCGGACAGGGUGAAUGGUGUUAAUGGGCACUCGACCUUACCCGUGGUCCCUGCCGACAUGCCAAAGAAGAGACACGCUCCACAGCCUCCUAUGACGGCAUUACAGAGUGUAGCCUGUGGGCUUCACGCCAGAGACUUUUCUGACCUAUCAGAGAGUGACUCUGCUAGAAAACAGGGUCAGCUCAGUCGUAUCUCUUCCACCGAGUCCUCCCUUAAAAGGACUAAACGGAGAGCUCCGCCUCCACCGUGUGAUUACCCCACCCCACCCGAUGCAGAUAACAAAGUAGAGGAAGCUCAGUGGGACAACAAGAGUUCAUACAAAUACAAAGCUCGCAUUGCUGACCACUGCCCUGCAAUCGCUAAAGUUAUGAGUGAACUUGCAGAAUCUCUGCAGGCACGGAAACAGAGAACACCGUCUUCUGUAAAUUCUUCUAUAUCUCAGAAUCAACUAGAUGAUGAUUCUUCUACAAGUUUGUUUUCUGAGCAUCACACCCCUGAGGCUGAGCUUGAGGCACUUUCUGGCUGUCAGCUGCAGAGAAACCCCUCUGAGAGAGAAGGUUUGACCACCUUCACCGUGGUUCCCCAGAGACGCCAGCAGAGCAGGCAGUGUUUUGAGGUGCCACUAAACUUAAAAACACCUGACGCUACUAAAGCUGAACAAGAGCUGUGCCCUGGAGACCCAGUUGCCCUUGAGAUGCCCACCACAGAGCUUUUGGAAGCAGUUCCAACUGAACCUUUUAGAAAUGGGUGCAAGGGUUCAGAUACAAGUGAACACUUAGAGGUUCUACAUCUACAGCCUGUGGAGCAAGAGAAUCAAGCUUGUACAGAUGUAGAGAGUGAGAAUUUGGAAAAUGAAGAUGAAGAGGAUCAAUAUAUUCAACCAAAAAACACAGAGCUUGAGAGUGUAGAAUCACUCCAAAAUGGUGUCUUUAAUUUAGAACGUUCAAGUAGUAUGAUAAAUAAUCUAGAACUACGAGACAGUUGGGCUAAUCAUUCAAAACCAGCCAAUAAACUGGCUGACAAGUCACCAACUGAUUCAAAAGCAGGUAUUAUGGAGCAAGAGAAUCAAGCUUGUACAGAUGUAGAGAGUGAGAAUUUGGAACAUGAAGAUGAAGAGGACCAAUAUAUUCAGCCAAAAAACACAGAGCUUGAGAGUGUAGAAUCACUCCAAAGUGGUGUCUUUAAUUUAGAACGGUCAAGUAGUAUGAUAAAUAAUCUAGAACUACGAGACAGUUGGGCUAAUCAUUCAAAACCAGCCAAUAAACUGGCUGACAAGUCACCAACUGAUUCAAAAGCAGGUAUUAUGGAGCAAGAGAAUCAAGCUUGUACAGAUGUAGAGAGUGAGAAUUUGGAACAUGAAGAUGAAGAGGACCAAUGUAUUCAACCAAAAAACACAGAGCUUGAGAGUGCAGAAUCACUCCAAAGUGGUGUCUGUAAUUUAGAACAUUCAAGUAGUAUGAUAAAUAAUCCAGAACUACGAGACGGUUGGGCUAAUCAUUCAAAGCCAGCUAAUAAACUGGCUGACAGGUCACCAACUGAUCCAAAGGCAGACGUUGUGGAGCAAGAGGAGAUGGAGGAACAUCCUUUGGUGGAAACUGGAGAAGAAAAGGAUUGGGUUGAAGAAUACAAAGAGAGGAGAAGGAAGUUUCUAGGUGGUGAUAAUGGUUUGAAAAAGUUAGAUGUUUGGGGAAAGAUUCAAAGAGAAUUUACAAACACGCAAGAAGAGAAAGCAAUGCAAGAAAUGGACUUCCCAUCACCUCCACCACCUGUCUGCUGGGAUGAGAAUAAAAGUGAAAAUGAAGAUCUACAGACCUGUGAUGAAGACCUUGACCAAUGGCCAAACUUGGACUCGAAGCCCAAAUAUACACCUUAUUCACAAUACUCCAAACCGAAAGCCAACUCUACCCAAACUAACGGUGAUCCAAACACUUCUAGUGCUGAAAACAAUUGCAGCUCUGCUCCGGAACAUCAUGGAAUCUCGUUUAUAUCUAAAUCGCAUUCGACCUUUGACCACUGCCCUCCUGCAACAGUGUCUCUUUUCGCCUUGGCUGUAUUUCAGAAGGCUAAGCGCUCCAAACCAGGGCUGGAUCCUAACUGCUCCAGGAGACGGGAGCUGCCUGUGCACACACACAGUAACUGAUGGGCAGUCUGAAUAUGGGAGUGUUCAUUUGCCUUAAAUGAGGAAGAGGUGUUCUUCACCGGACUGAAUAGGCGGACACACUAUAUUAAACUCCUAUAUUAAAACUACUACCAUUUCAAAUCAUAAGAUUAUUUGAUUCUGUGUUUUAGCAUUAUGUUCAUGUUUGAUGAGAAACAUUAUGAAAGCUUUACCUGCGUUUUUCUGUUUUGCUGACUGAUUUUCAGAGAUUCUUUCAAAAAGGAGGAUUUUUCCAGCCUUUUAAUUGACUCAAUAGGAACAAUAUUAUUCCAAGAGUAAAUUUUGCCCCCACUAAAUACACUUGGGGAAAAACAUGCAUGUAUUCAUGUGUGUACAUUUUUGUAUAUUAAUGAAGGCUUAUAUUGCUGAGUUGUUUUUGUUUGUUUGUUUUUGCCCUCUGAGAAAUUAGUCAUGAGAAACUUGCCUGGAUACUGUUUUCUAUAUGUUGUCUUUUGUAUUUUUCAGCAUAAAUAAAUAAAAUUUGUUCAUAAACUUCAGGUA